AUGGGCGAUAUUGAAGAAGUACAAGUAGGGGAAGUGGAAAAGACUGAAACAUCUACAAUUCGCCGGAAACCUGUGCCUACGACUCUGCCACCCCGAAUCCCUAGUAGAAGUGAAGGUCUCCUGAAUCGAUGGAAGAACCUCUCGCGCAGGAUCCGCAUCCUUAUCUUGGUGGUCCUCCUUGCGAUCAUUGCCCUUAUCAUCGGACUUGCAGCCGGUCUUUCGAAGCACAAACACGAGCAGAACCUGCCGUUACCCUCGGGGAAUGGCGGUCCCUACACUGGCGAUCUGACUUACUACGAGCCGGGCCUGGGAGCGUGUGGGGUCUCGUCCAGCGACAACGACAAGAUUGUGGCCAUCUCACACAUUGUAUUUGAUGCAGUCAGUGUUGGCAGCAACCCAAAUGCAAAUCCAUUGUGCGGCAAAAAGAUCAGGGCGCGAAGGGACAACAAGAGUGUUGACCUGACGGUCGUAGACAGGUGCACGGGCUGUCAGCCAAUGGACAUCGAUGUCACCAUCAAUACUUUUGCUGAACUGGCCGAUGUCGACCUUGGUAGAGUAUUGGUGCAAUGGAACUGGCUGGAAAAUGUCCCGGCGGGCGCUCAAAUCUAA